CAAGUGAAAGUAGAAAAUUUUAUAUUUCUAACUUUCCCAUUCCGAUAUUUGGCAUUUAUUUUUCCCUGAAUUCCAAAACCAGGGAAUCCAUGGAUCCAAACAGGGCGGAAGCCGAGCGAUUGCUCGGAAUCGCCGAGAAACUUCUACAGAGCCGGGAUCUGAGCAGCUGCCGCGACUUCGCAAUUCUAGCUCAGGAGACCGAGCCGCUGCUGGACGGCUCAGAUCAGAUCUUGGCCGUCGUCGAUGUGCUCUUAGCCGCCGACAAACGCGUCAACAACCACCCUGACUGGUACGCUGUUCUCCAGUCCGAUCGCCGAUCCGACGACUUCGAACUCGUCAAGAAAUCUUACAGACGGCUGGCGUUGCUCCUCCACCCGGACAAGAACAAGUACGCCUAUGCGGAGCACGCGUUCAAGCUCGUCGCCGAUGCAUGGGCCGUUCUGUCCGAUCCGGCCAAGAAGCAAAUUUACGACAACGAGCUGGGGCCGUUCAGCCGGAUCGAUCUCGGCGCGUCGAAUUCGAACAAAUUGCCGGUGCGGCGAGACAGCCGGGGCCGAAACGACGCCGGUGUGGGAAACGACGGCCAGCAGCAACCGAGGUCGAGAUUGUCGACUUUCUGGACGACGUGCCCGUACUGUUACGUGCUGUACGAGUACCCUAGGGUUUAUGAGAGUUGCUGUUUGAGGUGUCAGAAUUGUAAGCGAGGGUUCGAGGCGGUGGUUGUUCCGAAUUUGCCGCCAAUGGUGCAGGGACAAGACGCUUACUACUGCUGUUGGGGGUUUUUCCCGAUGGGAUUUGUUGGCGGCAGCGGCGCGAAGGGUAAGUCCACCGCCGCAGCCACUGCCGCCUUUCCCAACUGGAUGCCACCUGUCUUUACAACCCCGCAGAGUAAAACUCCGGUGACUACCUCGGUGCCCGUGGUGCCGAAUUCGGGGGGAGUGGUGGAUGUUUCGGAUGGGACCCCGGAAUUGAGGCCUAAUCCGACUCAGAAGAAGAGAGGACGACCCAAGAAGUACUGAUUUGGCUGGUGAUGCAAAGCAGAAGAAUACUCUUUGUAAUGGAAUGCUUUAGGACUGGCAGAGAGAAAUUUUUAGGUUGGUUUUUUUGAAGCUGCUGAGUUUCGAAAACUCGGAAGGUAACUCUUUACGGUCUUUGCUUUUGCUGUUGUUGAUUUUGCUUUAGAUUGCAAUUGUUGGUUGUAGAUGUUCCGAUGUUCGCCUCUUAAGUUAUGAAACUGACUGCAUUUGUAGAUUUUGUAGUUGUUGUGUAAUCAGUAAUCCCUUCUGUAUUUAGGCCAAUGUCGUUUCAUUAAGUGUUUUCAACCUAUCCUGGGCCCUCUUGUUCUUGUUGGCGUGUUUGGUUAUAUAUUGAAUGCAUUUCAACCUA